UUCUUGAGUUGCACUAAUUUGUAGCUCUCAUUUCUCGUCAUUUCUGAAAAAACCCCAAAUCCACCAUCUUUUUACUCUCAUAAUUUCUAGCCUUUUCCAUCGUUGAUUUAGCUUCCCUUUUCAUCAACAACUCUAUAUAUUUAUAUGGGUAGAAAUGACCUACACAUAACAACAUAUAAAUUGAUUAAGGAAAAACCAAGUAGAUUAGUUGAGUGAUUUGCCCUUAGCUAGUCAAUCACAUAGAUUUUCUUUGAUUUGGUUUAUAAGGUUUGUAAGAAGGAAGUAAAACAAAAGGAUAUUAGGUAAGAUAUCAAUAACAUGGAUUUGUGGGGAUUGGUUUGUGUUGCAUUUGCUGGGAUUUUGCUUUUUCAAGAUCAUGGAUUCUGUUCAUCACAACAAGCCCCAAACUACCCCUUCGUCCACCAAGCCACUUCGGCCCCACCCGUCUCCUACUACGACUACAUCGUGGUAGGAGGCGGCACGGCCGGGUGCCCCCUCGCCGCCACCCUCUCCCACCACAACACCACCGUCCUCCUCCUAGAGCGUGGCGGCUCCCCCUACGGCAACUCCAACAUAACCAACCUCUCGGCCUUCGGUCAGGCCCUCUCUGACCUCUCCCCCUCGUCCCCCUCCCAACGCUUCAUCUCCGAGGACGGCGUCAUAAACGCGCGUGCUCGGGUCCUCGGCGGCGCCAGCUGUCUCAACGCAGGUUUCUACACGCGGCCGGCCGCAAAGUACGUGCGCGCGGUUGGGUGGGACAGCUGGCUCGUGAAUGAGUCGUACCGAUGGGUGGAGCGUGUUGUGGCGUUCAAGCCGCCGAUGCGGCAAUGGCAGUCGGCGGUGAGGGGCGGACUGCUGGAGGCCGGCGUCAGACCAUACAACGGCUUUACGUACGACCACAUCGUCGGGACGAAGGUAGGCGGGACCAUAUUCGACGGCGAAGGGCGGCGGCACACGGCGGCGGACCUCCUGCGGUACGCCGACCCGCGGGGGCUCACGGUGAUGUUGCACGCUACGGUUCACAGAAUAUUGUUCAGAACCAAAGGAAAAAGCAGGCCACUAGCUCAUGGGGUGGUGUUCAGAGAUGCAUUAGGGCAUAAGCACAGAGCAUAUUUAAGGCCUGGGUCCAAGAAUGAGAUCAUAUUAUCAUCCGGGGCCAUUGGGAGCCCACAACUGUUAAUGCUGAGUGGCAUAGGCCCAAAAGAGCACCUUAAGGCCCAUAACAUAACAGUUGUUCUGGACCAGCCUAUGGUGGGCCAAGGCAUGUCGGACAACCCGAUGAACGCGAUAUUCGUCCCGUCACCAAUACCGGUGGAGGUUUCGUUGAUUGAGGUGGUCGGAAUCACCCGUGUCGGGAGCUAUAUCGAGGCCGCUAGCGGUGAGAACUUUGCCGGUUUCCCUACUCAAAGAGACUUUGGGAUGUUCUCUCCUAAGAUAGGCCAACUCUCAACUCUUCCCCCCAAACAAAGAACCCAAGAGGCCCUAGAAAAGGCCAUCAAGGCCAUGGAGGCCCUCGAGCCCGCCGCCUUCCGUGGCGGCUUCAUCCUCGAGAAGAUAAUGGGGCCCAUAUCCACGGGCCACAUGGAGCUCCGUACCCGCAACCCGAACGACAACCCGUCUGUCACCUUCAACUACUUCAACGACCCGCGAGACCUUCAACGGUGCGUGGACGGACUCAAGCUAAUUGAGUCCGUUAUCGAGUCAAAGUCGUUCGCGCCUUUCCGCUACGACUACCUUUCGCUACCUCUCCUUCUCAACAUGACGGCUAGCGCGCCCGUGAACUUGUUGCCGCGCCAUGCGAACGUGUCGGUUUCGCUCGAGCAGUUCUGUCGAGACACGGUGAUGACAAUAUGGCACUAUCACGGUGGGUGCCACGUGGGCAGGGUGGUCGACCCCGAGUACAGGGUGCUCGGGGUCGAUGCCCUAAGGGUCGUGGAUGGGUCCACGUUUAAUUAUUCUCCGGGGACUAAUCCUCAGGCAACUGUCAUGAUGCUCGGGAGGUACAUGGGGGUGAGAAUUCUCAAGGAGAGGCUUGGAAGCUAGAGAUUAAUGACUUCUUGCUAUAUAUAUUUGAAUCUUUUAAGUGUGUGUUGGGUGUAAAGAAUCUUGCAGUAUGCAGAGCUUCAUCUAUUAUUGAAAUAUAAUUAUUAUAAGGAGUGUUUGCGUCAAGGAUGCUAGUUAUCGAUGCGUUUUUCUUAAUGUGUAAUUGUCAAAUUGCUGUUUUAGUAUUUUUAGUAGUCUCUAUGCAUUGGGAAAUUCGAUACUAAACCCAUGUGCAAUAUGUUUGUCCUAUGAAUGUUUUAGUCGUCAGGUCACACAUACUCGUGCAUAUGUGUGUUGAACUGACGAUUAAAGCACGAGUAACAAAUGGAUGGAAG